AUGUCAAGAGCUCUGCUAAUAUUAUUUGUAUUGAUAGGGUGUUGUUACUGCUUAGACAGUAAUGAUUUGCUUGUAGGAGAAACAAGGGCAAAAAAGAAAAAAGAUAGGACUAAGUUGAUUGGUAUGAUACUCCUGUUUAUCUUCUCCAAAUUGGCGGUAUUUAAAGCGGCUUCCACAUUCUUCAUGAUGGCGUUCUUCCAAAAGCUGUUCUAUUUGUUUGAUCUAUUCCUGAACUAUUUUCUAAAAAGUAAGUUACCAAAACCCACACCAUCACCUGUCUAUGGAGCGCCUUCAGACUACAACACCAUCGGCUACAGUUACGGACCGCCUGAACACGAGUCGUUACAUUCUCAAGAUAAUAGCUAUCCAAGCAUUUCUGAACUUGGAGGUGCCUUUAACUGGCUUGUGAAUAAGAACGUCAAGUGA